GUAGGCAGCAAGCAGACUUCGGGUUGGACCUCGCAGGCGCACACAGCCGCAGCCUCAUCCGGAUCAGGCUCCAGCGUCGGCAGCUACGUGGGUCCCGGAGUAUCGGGGCGCAACCCGGAGCUCAUGUAUUCUCCCCCCUUCAGAGGAGACAUGAAGGCUGACAGAAACAACUGUUGGUUUGCACGACUACGACAUUAACACUUUGGAAGACUGCAGAAACGUCUCUGAUUGUGGACACGUUGGCAUGAUCUAGCCUAAAGUGUAAAGUGUUAAAGCUAAGGAUGUCGUGGGCCAGAGGUCUUUUCGUGGGCAGAGUGGACGAGCGAAAGACACCGUGGGGAGAGCGCAAUGGCAAAAAGAAGAAAGACAAGUCCUCGCUUUGCACUUCUCGCUACAUGAGCUGCCUCAGGGACCCCGAGGAUCCGGAGCCCCCAAAUGUGGCCCACCAGCAAUGCCACACCCGAGCGGACACUGGCAGAAGAAACUUGGACCUGCGCGGAUGGCAAGAGGACCACUACGGGAAAAGGAUGGGCGAAGGUGUGGAUCUGGGAGUGAAAGCCGUUGGCAUGGGUUUUGAAGAUGGCGAUCCAAAGGGGAGGAAAGAGGAGGACUUUGGGGAUUCGGCGGAACGCCAGUGCAAGACCAUGAGUGCCGCCGAUUGCUGGAUGCGUGUGGUGUGGGUUUUUCACUCCAAGAAGUUCCAGUCGGCUAAACUGGAGCGUCUUUACCAGCGCUACUUUUUCAGACUCAACCAGAGCUCACUCACCAUGCUCAUGGGGGUUCUAAUGGUGGUAUGCGGGGUCAUGCUAGCCUUCCACUGUGUCCAGCAGGCGCCAAAUGUGGCCUAUAUCUCCGUCCUCUGUGUUGCCAUGGCGCUCUUUCUGGCCGUGAUGGUAGUUUGCAACCGUAACGGCUUCCACCAGGACUACAUGUGGAUUGUGAGCUACUUGGUGAUAGGGGUGCUGGUCGUUGUGCAGGUGUAUGGUCUGAUGAUGGUACACCCUAGCAGUGCAUCGGAGGGCGUCUGGUGGACAGUCUUCUUCAUCCACAUCAUCUACACGUUGCUGCCUGUGCGAAUGAGAGCUGCUGUGCUUAGUGGAUUCACACUGUCAGUCAUCCACGCUUUGACGGCCUGGCAACUCAACCGAAAGGACAAGUUCAUUUCGGAACUGAUAAGUGCCAACAUUGUCAUCUUUGUGUGCGCCAACAUGAUUGGGAUCUGCACCCACUAUCCUGCUGAGGUUUCCCAGAGGCAGGCCUUCCAGGAGACCCGAGGAUACAUCCAGGCCAGAAUCCACCUGCAAAGAGAAAACCAGCAGCAGGAGCGCCUCCUACUGUCAGUGCUUCCAAGGCACGUCGCCAUGGAGAUGAAGGCUGACAUCAAUGCCAAGAAGGAAGACAUGAUGUUCCACAAGAUUUAUAUUCAAAAACAUGACAAUGUCAGCAUCUUGUUCGCGGACAUCGAAGGUUUCACCAGCCUGGCGUCUCAGUGCACAGCCCAGGAACUUGUCAUGACCCUCAACGAGCUGUUCGCCCGCUUCGAUAAGUUGGCAUCGGAAAACCACUGCCUACGCAUCAAGAUUCUGGGGGAUUGCUACUACUGCGUGUCGGGAUUGCCGGAACCCCGGGCUGACCACGCCCACUGCUGCGUGGAGAUGGGUGUGGACAUGAUCGAAGCCAUCUCACUUGUGAGAGAGGUGACAGGAGUCAACGUGAACAUGCGAGUGGGCAUCCACAGCGGCCGUGUUCACUGCGGCGUGCUGGGCCUGCGUAAGUGGCAGUUUGACGUUUGGUCCAACGACGUGACGCUCGCCAACCAAAUGGAGGCUGGCGGGAAGGCCGGGCGCAUCCACAUCACCAAAGCCACUCUUCAGUACCUCAACGAAGACUACGAAGUGGAGCCCGGGUUCGGAGGGGAGAGAAACGCCUACUUGAAGGAGAACAACAUUGAAACCUUUCUAGUUUUGGGGUGCAGCCAAAAGAGGAAAGAGGAGAAAGCCAUGAUGGCGAAGAUGCUGCGAGCCCGUGCAAAUUCUGCUGAAGGAUUGAUGCCACGUUGGGUGCCUGAUCGAUCAUUCUCCAGAACCAAGGAAUCCAAAGUCUUCCGGCACAUAGGCAUCGACGAAGCAUCGAGCAAGGACAUACGCUGCACUCAGGAGGCCCUAAACCCUGAAGACGAAGUGGAUGAGUUUCUGGGCCGAGCCAUCGACGCGCGCAGCAUCGACCAGCUGCGCAAAGACCAUGUCAAGAACUUCCUGCUCACAUUUCAAACUGCUGAACUGGAGAAAAAAUACUCCAAAAAGGUGGACGAUGGCUUUGGUGGCUAUGUGGCCUGCGCCCUCCUAGUUUUCUGCUGCAUCUGCAUCAUUCAGAUAAUUGUCGUGAAAAAAACACUGCUUAUGCUGGGUCUCUACAUUGGCAUCUUUAUCAUUCUAACCAACAUUCUCUUCAUAUGUUCCAUCUACUCCUGCGUCAAACUCUUUCCAACCGCCUUGCAGACGCUAACCAAGAAGAUCGUGCAGUCCCGUGCGAACAGUACGCUCGUGGCCGUCUUCACCAUCCUACUCCUCUUCAUUGCUUCUUUCGCUAACAUGUUUACGUGCAGCAGAGCUGAACUGAAAGACUGCAUGGCCGAGGAGCAUCCGAACACGACAGUGACCCUCUGUCUGCUUCACAACCUCACCAGGGCAGCCAAGGACGGCUUGAGUGUGUGUUCCGGCCAGGUCAUCCCCUGCCAUUUCCCGGAGUAUUUCAGCUACAGCGUCCUGCUGACCUUGCUGGCCUGCUCAGUGUUCCUCCACAUUAGCAGCAUCGGCAAGUUAGCCCUCAUGCUGCUCAUUCAGUUUGUCUUCCUCCUGCUGGUGGAGUGGCCUCAGGUGGUCCUCUUUGACAACGCUGACCUGCUGGUCAAAGCCAACACGCUGCUUGCUGUCAAUGCAACUGGAGAGCAAUGCCUGGAGAGUGUGAGCAAAGUACCCCUGAAGGUCAUGACCCCUGUCAUCCUGACCGUCUUUGUUCUGGCGCUUUACUUGCACGGCCAGCAGGUGGAGUCCACCGCACGCCUCGAUUUUCUCUGGAAGCUGCAGGCCACCGAGGAGAAGGAAGAGAUGGAGGAGCUGCAGGCGUACAACCGGCGCUUGCUCCACAACAUCCUGCCCAAAGACGUCGCCGCCCACUUCCUGGCCCGUGAGCGGCGCAACGACGAGCUAUACUACCAGUCGUGUGAGUGCGUGGCCGUCAUGUUUGCCUCCAUCUGCAACUUCUCCGAGUUCUACGUGGAGCUGGAGGGCAACAACGAAGGAGUGGAGUGUCUCCGGCUGCUCAACGAGAUCAUCGCUGAUUUUGAUGAGAUCAUCAGCGAGGAGAGAUUCCGUCAGUUGGAGAAAAUCAAAACCAUCGGUUCUACUUACAUGGCCGCCUCGGGCCUCAAUUUGUCCACAUACGACAGAGAGGGUCGCUCUCACAUCCUGGCGCUGGCAGACUACGCCAUGAGGCUGAGGGAGCAGAUGAAGUACAUCAAUGAGCACUCUUUCAACAACUUCCAGAUGAAGAUCGGGCUGAACAUGGGACCAGUGGUGGCCGGGGUUAUCGGGGCCAGGAAGCCACAGUACGAUAUCUGGGGGAACACCGUCAAUGUAGCCAGUCGGAUGGACAGCACCGGAGUACCGGACUACAUUCAGGUGACCACGGACCUUUACCACGUGCUCGCUAACAACGGCUACCAGCUGGAUUGCAGAGGAUUGGUCAAGGUGAAGGGCAAAGGUGAAAUGACCACUUACUUCCUCACCAGUGGGCCCCCCAGCAGUUAACCAUGGACCGACCCUACCUACCCCACAGGAUUGACAACUGCUGUCUGUGUCUGGUCCCUCCAACAAACACGUUUUUUUUUCUUUUUCUUUGCACAAGCAAGCACAAAGCCCAAAGCCCAGUUGCCUUAGGACAGAAGUGUGUUUGUAUGAGCUGUAGUUCAAGUAUUUUCUCUUUCUCUGGACUCUUAUUUAUUUUUGUUUGGCGCAGAUGGACUUUUUAGUGAUGUACAUACAAAGGAUAAGCUACACUAAAUGAAGGAGGAACGCGACCAAAGAAAAACACUGAGAAGGAUACGUACGCUCUUUUAAUCGGGUUUGUGCGGUCAAGUCACUGAGGGACACUGAGGUGACGAACGCAAACUUGCCUCACGUGUGUGCAUGUGUUCGAGUGAGUGAGUGAGCCAAUGAGUGAGUGAAACAGAUUGAUGAACUUUUCCAAGAGGAGGCAUACUGUCACUUUUCACUGUGAGUUUUUACCAGGCGUGAUCAUGCUUUCUUGUUUGCAUGGUUUCUAUUCAUCUUCUGGGGAUUACAAAAGAAUCAUGUCCGCUUUGACCGGACGCUGAUGUCAUUCCAAGCAAAAAGAUUUCUCAGCAAACAAAGUAUAUUUUUGUGUGCGGGGACCUUCUUUGCCUUGAUGUGACCCCGUUGCAAUGGACCAAUUUUCCAAAAAGACUCGUUUUUGUCACCCCUGAAACAGUUCGAGGAAUGUAUGUCAGGACAAACGUGUAAUGACCACUGAAGGACACAUGCCACUUUGGGAUUCCCAUUUGCUGCAAAUAAAUAUAGCGUGAAGUACUUUAAUAGUACACGCACCGCAGUGUUUAGGAGCUGACUUGUCUGUAGACGUCCACAAAAUUUCUGCCUUAAAAGGUGACGCCUCUGCCUAAAAAGUCAACCAAAUACCCCUUAGUCACUAUUUCUCGGAUAGACAAGCAGCAAAAGAUUAUUUUUGCCUUAAUUGUGUGACCCUUACUUGUCUGUUGAUGCACUUCUGCAGCACGACUGUAGUAUCUAUUUUACAAAAUAAAAGAAAACUGUCUGACUGCUUCCAUGAAAUGCUGCACGCGGAACCCGCCGUUUCACUGAAAUGGCUCUCAUUUGAAUGCGGCUCAGAUUCAGUAACUUGAGGACGCCAAGCUCAUCUCAUUUUCCCAAAUAAAUCUGUCUACAGUUUCAAAAGGGUUGUGCAAUGGAGAAUGUGUAAUUGCUUGCGCAUGAAUUAUGCAUUUCUGUUCAGCCAGUGGCAAAGUUCUCACAUCACUCUGUGCUGAACAUUAAUUAAGCUUCAUAAAUUCCUGCUAAUCCCUUGUGAGAACGCCCUUGUGUUACUAGAUCGCCAUGCAGAGUUGGGAAAGUGAUGUGCAUAGCAAAACACUGGAUUUGCAAGACCGCUCUUUGGCGUUACGACAUUUAAUAGCAGCCUCCACUUCAUCACAAAGUGUUUGAAACAGGAGCACAUGCUACCUUUGAAACCUUGUCUCUCAACACAUUACAGUGCAACUUGAAUAGAGGUAAAGACUGAUGGUAGUUCUGUUGAUAUUAGCACCAAAAAUUUAUAAAUAUGAUAAUAUAGUAAAAGUAAUAAUAAAGUGAUCAUUUUAUUGGCCAAAUUUGUCAAAACACACAAGGAAUUUAUAUCAAUACUGCAAAAAUAAACACGGGCGUUCAUCAAAACUGAGGGUGACUCUAUCUCUAUGACACGUGUAACCAUAAAAACAUUUUCUGACAAAAUGAGAAAUAUUUACACCAACUACAAACCCCUCCAUUGUCAGCAGAUCCGCUGAUGCUGAUUAUCUCAUUUCUGCUCUGGAAAUAGUGUUGUUGCAAGGUUGUGCAGUAUUUUCACGAGGAAUGUAUUAAAAUAUGAGCAAAUGCAUAUUUUUUCCAAUAUUAAAUAUGGCAUUUAUUCAACGCAAGAUUACUCUGAAGAACAGCUUUUUCAACCACUUAUAGCUAACAGGUGGUUGUCUGACUAUAUUUACCGCAAGGGGUACCUAUCAAAGAUGCACAUGCGAAGAUCAAGCAAAUUUUUAAUUUGAGAAACCCGGUAUAACAAAAAUGGGGUGAAAGAGAACAAUACAAAACUUUCGGACUAUGUUAAGCCAUUUUACUGUAUUGGCCCGAAUAUUAGACGGUGUUUUUUACAUUGAAAUAAGACUGAAAAAGAGGGGUCGUCUUGUAUUUGCGGUUUAGAUGUUAUACCCAUUCACGACGCUAGAUGGCGUCAUAUAUUCUUGAAGCGAUGUUCUGUCAUGACAGAUCUCAGCUACUCUGAAGUUUAACCAGUUUGCAUUAUUUUAGUGCAAUGUUUUUGCUUAUUCAGAUUUGUUUCAAGACUACGGUUACAGUUAGACUUCACUUUGAUGAUUAAUGCAGUUAUUGCAAUUUUGUUGUUUUAUCACAAUAGAUUGGUUUAUUUACAUUUCAAAAACCAGAAGCCAUUCAUUUACGAAUGUGAUUGCACUUUAGUUUACAUAUUUAAAUGUUCAGAUAUUAAGAUUUGAAUUAGGCAAAAUAACAUGCUUUUUCUCUCAAAUAUACUGUUAUAAUCAUUUGU